AUGUCGUCCCAGGAAGAGACCGACCACGCCAUCGAGAUCUGGCGCUACCGCAAGCUCCUCACGAUGCUUGCGGCCUCGCGCGGCGCGGGCACUUCGUGUAUCACCCUCAUUCUCCCGCCCAAGUCGCAGAUCUCGCAGGCGUCAAACAUGCUCACGACCGAGUACGGUACAGCGUCUAACAUUAAGUCGCGCGUUAACCGGUUAUCCGUCCUGUCUGCCAUCACGUCCACCCAGCAGAAGCUCAAGAACUACUCGCGCGUCCCCGACAAUGGCCUCUGCGUCUUUGUCGGCACGGUGCUCAAUGACGAGGGCAAGGAGAGGAAGAUUUCAUUCGCGCUCGAGCCGUUCAAGCCCAUCAAUACCUCGCUGUACAUGUGCGACUCGCGUUUCCACGUCGAGGCCCUCGAGGAGCUACUCGAGACUGACUCGAAGUGGGGCUUCAUCAUCAUGGACGGUAACGGAUCGCUGUUCGGCACCCUGUCCGGCAACACGCGCGAGAUUCUCUACAAGUUCAGCGUCGACCUGCCCAAGAAGCACGGUCGUGGUGGUCAGUCGGCGCUGCGUUUCUCGCGUCUGCGUGACGAGGCUCGUCGCAACUAUGUGCGCAAGGUCGCAGAGUUAGCCGUCCAGCACUUUAUCACGGCCGACAGGGUCAACGUCGCAGGUCUUGUGUUGGCAGGUUCUGCCGAGCUCAAGACCGACCUGUCUAGCUCGGACCUGUUUGACGGUCGUCUCCUCGCCAAGGUUGUCAAGGUUGUCGACGUGUCGUACGGUGGCGAGAACGGGUUCAACCAGGCCAUCGAGCUGGCCGCCGACUCUCUUGCCAACGUCAAGUUUGUGCAGGAGAAGAAGCUCAUCCAGAAGUACUUUGACGAGAUUGCCCUGGACACGGGCAAGUACUGCUUCGGGAUCAGCGACACGCUCAAGGCGCUGGACAUGGGUGCCGUCGAGACUCUGAUUGUCUGGGAGGGCCUCGACACUGUGCGCAACGUUCUGCGCAACUCGGCCGGCGAGGAGAUCAUCGUCUUCUCCAUGCCCAAGGAGACGGACCGCGAAAAGUUCAUUGACAAGGCGACCGGUACCGAGAUGGAGGUCGCCUCCGAGGCCAAGCCCCUCCUGGAGUGGUUUGCUGAGGAGUACAAGAACUUUGGCGCGACACUCGAGUUUGUCACCAACAAGUCGCAGGAGGGAUCGCAGUUCGUCAAGGGCUUUGGCGGUAUUGGCGGCCUCCUUCGUUACAAGGUCGCGUUUGAGGACCUGGACGACCUUGACGACGAGGACGACGAGUUCUACGGCUCGGACGAGGACUCGGACAUCUAA